CGUUCCCUUCUUCCUCCCAUUAAAUUUUCUCUCGUAAUUAAAUUUGACAGGCAUGGGUUCUUCCGUCGGUGCCACUAUUUUCUACUGCGUCGCAUUGUCCAUGGUCAUCGUGAUGACCCAAUUGCCCCCCACCGAAGCAGACUCUGUAGCAGCGGCAGAGUUCGCGUCCUCCGACCUGAAGGCGGACAAGUUGACCUCGCGCAAGCUGAUGGGCGCCGCUAACGCGCCGGCGCCGGCGCCGCUAGGGAUGUGCCCAGUGCGGUUCGACGAGAUGAAGGGGCCAUUCACCGAGCUAGGAAAGAAGUGCAAGGCGGCAUCGGUGACGGAGUGUUGCGACGCGUUCAAGGAGAUCGCGUGCCCACACAACACGCUGCUCAACGACCUCAACAAUGGGUGUGGGGACGAUAUGUUCUACUUCAUCCACACCUACGGCCGCCUGCCGCCCGGAACCAUCUUCAAGAAAUGUGUCGAGGGACCCUAUGGGAUGAAGUGCUGAGCUCGGUCCAUAUCACUCCAUUGUUGCUAGCUUUUGGCCUGAUUUGUACUCUACCUAACAACAAAUGACCCUUUCGCUGCCUUGCAAUGUAAUUAAGAACUGUGUAUAAUUAAACUUGCUUUUAUUACUUCAAAAUGCAUUGCACUACAAAAGGUUUAUUAUAA